AUGUUUUGCGCCGUGGCCCGGUUCGCCAAGCAGCGGCUGACGACGCGGAUAUACGAUGCCGGCACGAAAGCGUCGCUCAAGGUCUACCACCUGCAGGAAUACGCGAGGUACCGAGCGGGGCUGACGCCCUCGGGGUCGCCAGGCGAUUCCACGGCUCCGGGCAGAGGUGUACGCCCGGAUGCAGCGCGGGACAUACCGCUGUUUCGGAAGAUCGAGGACUGGAGGCAAAUAGUCGCAGAAGUCGAUGACUGCGUCCGUGACCUAUCGCCCGCGCAGCUGCUCGCGACGGCGAUCGCGUACUGGCGGCUGGGACGCGUUGGGCGCUCCGAGUGGAAGCGGCUCUGCUCGGCGGCGGCGCGGCACGCCUACGGACCACAUGCAAACGUCACCGGCAUAUCCGCCAGCGAGGUCGCGCUGAUACUGUGCUGCUACGCCCGCGUGUUCAACAAGCCGGUGCAUUCCUCAACCAGCCUGCUGCGCUGGCUGGUGCGCGACGUCGGCAGGCUGAACGAACGUGACGUAUGCAUGACGCUCUUCUACAUGAGGCGGAUGCGCGCCGUACCGCCGGUGCUGGACACCUCGGAGAAGUCUUCAGGUGCAGCGAUGCUGAGGGCGAUCGUGCUGGGCCUGGCUGCGGAGGGCGGCAACAAGCUGCCCAAGUUCUCCCCCGGCGGCCUGGCAUGCCUGGUGUCGAACAUCACCUACAUCGGACAUAUACCGUGGGGGUUGAUGUACCACGCGUGCAACCUCAUACGCAAACACGCCGCAAGGCUGGACGCUAAAACCAUGGCAAUGCACCUCAGGUCGCUCGCCAUGCUGCGCUUCCCCGACAAGGGCACGCUCAAGGCGUUCGCGACGCGUCUCGACACCACGAAGCCGCUGCCCACCGCGACCAUCACGUGUAUACUGCACUCGUACGCGAAGCUGAGGUUCAGGCCGCGCAAACAUUUCGGGGGGCUCUUCGAGCAGGUGCAAAAGUGGGUGGUUGUCGGCAGCUGGUUCGCAAAUGCGUUCAGGGGGAUAUUCCUGUUCCAGGACCACGAAGUCGCCCAGGUGGCAUUUGCCCUGGGGCAGUUGGGGUAUCGCAACGAGGAUGUUUUUGAGAGCAUCUGCGCUUUCUCGGAGGCUCGAGCAGAACAACAGAACCCACAGAACAUCUCAAUGCUCAUGCAGUCGUUUGCCAAAGUCGGCAUAUACCGUCGUGAAGCCGUGGAUGCGCUUGUGCGGCAGGCGAAGGACACCGUGCCGAUACACGCCGAUGUUCAGGCCGCCUUCACGCUUAAGCAGAGCGUGGCGGUGCUAGACUCCUGUGUAGUGCUUGGGCACUUCGAUAGUGACGUUUUCCGCGCACUGCUGGCCAACGUGACGAGGCUCGUUGAGGAUGACCUCCCGGACGGCCUUAUAAACCAGCUCAACCGGAUCAUGUACUGCCUGCGGUUCGAGCACGCCAAAUUCGUGGAGGAGUGCCCGCCGAGCAUGCAGACCCUGAUCGGUCUCUACCAGGGGCACUUUUUGGAGGCGCCGCCCAAAGAGCCUAGGGAUGCACUCUACGAGUGUCUAGAGAUGAUGGACGUGAAGUACGAACGCAAUGCAUCAAUAGGGCCCUACCGCAUCGAUGCGCUUGUUAACGGGUCGAUAGCGCUUGAACUGCUCAGCGAAGCUGCGUUGUGCCCACUGAUGCAGCAGCCGCUCGGGUCGGUGCGCCUGAAAACAAGACACAUGGAGGCCAUGGGAUACACGCACACUACACUGCCGAUGAAAGAGUGGUUAGCUUAUUAA